CAGAAAUCAGCGCCUGGAGGUACAGCAGGGAAGUCUGUUUGCAGGAGCGCUCGCUUGGCAUUCACUGAACGGAACCUACAAACAGGAGUACUGACAGGCACUCUUCAGAACAUUAGCUUACUGUAACUGUACGGUACAACACUGCACAAGUGGGAGCAACGACCCUUCGCAAGCAGAAGUCGUCCUAGACGCGGUAGUUUUCAACGCUGGAGGUCUGAAAAGGGGAGUUGAGCUUCAAACACGUUAAGAAUCCUGCAGUCUGGAUUCACCUACAAUGUGGACAUUUUAGUAUUGGUGGCAGUGUUCUCCGAGUGAAGCUUCCUUCUUUUGUGUUGUUUUGUUUGUUUUUUAUCUAUGGAUAGCUCAUGAACCGGUAUUUUUAGUGUGGAAUUCUGUUUUCAAUUUGAACUCUGCUGCUUGGACAAAUGCAUACAAAUGCAUUUAGGAGCCCAAAGGACAAGGAGUGGAAACAUUUCUCCCACAGCAAAAACGAGAACCCUCCUCCUUUUAUUUGCAAUAUGCACAGCAGUAUUAUUUGCACAAGAACAUGCACACGCACAAGGAGUAGAUAUUCUUCAUCAACUUGGCCUUACAGACAGCAGAGCGAGACAUUUCACAAGCGGGACUGCUCGCCCAUCCUCUUCGUCUUCAUUUCCUGGGGGCGUUCUGCUUUCCAGAGCAGGGGUUAUACUUAUGAGAGAUGCACGCAUUGAGGCUCCAACUUCAAACAUUUUCUCGCCAGACUUUGGAAAUGAAUUUACAAUUAUCGUGAGCCUGCGGUCUCAAAGAGCGAACAAUGCUUUCCUGUUCAGCGUUAAAAACAAGAAAAACAGACUGCAGUUCGGCAUCCAGCUUUUGCCAAAGAAGAUAGUUGUUUACAUCGCGGAGAAGAAGUCUGUAUAUUUUAGUUAUAACGUGCACAAUGGACAGUGGCACUCCUUUGCCAUUGGCGUCAGCGAGAGGUCUGUUUCCUUUUAUGCUGAGUGCGAUGGAAAGCAUGUCAGCAAGGAGAUGCUCACGAAGCCACAGAAACUGGGUUCUGAUGGAUCCCUCACCUUAGGAAGAAUGAACUUGAAAGCUGUUCAGUUUGAAGGUGUGAUAUGCCAGCUGGACAUUUAUCCCUCCGCACAGGCUUCUGCAAACUAUUGCAAUUAUGUGAAAAAACAAUGCCGUCUUGCUGACACAUACCGAUCAGCGCCGCCAUUGGUUAAUGAGACAUCAAGUGGCUAUUUAGGUUUAACCCCAAAAUCCACGGAUUCCCAAUAUAGUGAUGGGUCUCCUGUAAAUAUUACAGAUAGGCACACUGUCGCUAAAUCUUCCUCUAACCCUGUUACAAAUAAGACUGUAACAGUUACUUCACUAAACCAGCACUCCAGUUUAAAACCCACACUGAGACAAGAUGCCAAGAAUCAUACUGAUCAAGGGAUUACUGAAACGGUUCCCUUACUGCAUUCAAAUAUUGUUGAAACAGGUUCUUCUCCAGUUCUGGAUUCUGUCACCCAGCAGACUAAGGUGGGGGUUAAACUGAGGAAGGGGACUUCCUCAAGGAGGGAUGCCGGACCCCAGGAGAGUCAGUCAGAGAAAGCCUCCAAAGAUGUAAACAGAACGAAAAUGCAUCCGAAACAGAACAAGUCACCCCCCUUAAUAUCGCCAGUGAAGCAGAGCAAGAUAAAAGAGAGCUUACAGGAUGAAAGCAGGCUAAGGCAAUCAAUGGACAACGUAAUGGAAGUUCAACUGAAAAUCAACAGAACUUUAUACAGGUCACCCGAGCAAAUGUCUGCCAACAAUCAGGUGGAUCCGUGGGAGGAAGCUGCAUAUACCGAUGCCAGUUUCAACACAGAAAAAGCCUAUGAUGUUGAUAUGGAAAAUUACGACUACAGCUACGGAGAUCUGGACUACUCUGUUGAUUACGAUGGUCUUCCGGGGCCAAAAGGCGAUCCUGGACCUCCAGGUCCCACAGGCCCACCAGGCCUCCCUGGUCUCCCGGGUGGAAGAGGUCCGAGGGGGCUGCCAGGGCCGCAUGGGAAUCCCGGGUUACCUGGCCUGCCAGGUGCAAAGGGUUCAAAAGGAGAUCCAGGAUCAUCACCGGGUCAGACCCCGUCUGGAGAGAAGGGGGAUCAGGGUUUCUCAGGUGAAGCCGGUCCUCGAGGACCAGAUGGGGCAGAGGGUCCCAAAGGGUAUCCAGGACUACCAGGUCUUCCAGGUGAACAAGGAAUCCCAGGAGUGAUGGGCAGCGCUGGGGCAGCUGGUUACCCUGGCAGGCAGGGUUUAGUUGGACCACAAGGUAACCCCGGUAUCAAAGGAGUAAGAGGUUUUAUAGGACCUCCUGGAGUGGCGGGACCACCUGGACCGGAAGGAGAAAGAGGUGUUCCUGGUUCUAUAGGAAAGAAAGGUCCCAAAGGCAGACAGGGUUUUAUUGGUGAUGUUGGCAGAAGAGGACCUCCUGGGCCAGAUGGCAAUCCAGGCCCCGUUGGUGGAACUGGGACUGGUGGAUUUCCUGGGCUCAGGGGCGACGCUGGGCCUGAGGGACCUCGUGGGCUGACAGGGAUUGUUGGACCUCAGGGCCUACCAGGAAACAUGGGGCAGCCUGGAUUGAAAGGUGAUAAGGGGGAGCCUGGCUUAUUGGGACAUCCUGGAGAAACUGGUUAUCAGGGAGAUAAGGGAGCAUCUGGUUUACCAGGACCAUCGGGAAUUCGAGGGAAGCCUGGAUCAACUGGAAAAAUCGGUGACCAGGGAGCACAGGGACCACCCGGCCCCCCAGGACCAGAGGGUUUUCCUGGAGACAUUGGUGUUCCAGGUCCUAAUGGCCCACAUGGUCCAAAGGGAGCGCCAGGUAAUCGAGGAUCCCCAGGACCCCCUGGGCCGAAAGGAAUUGAGGGGGAUGAAGGGCUCCUUGGACCUCCUGGGGGUCUUGGAAGUACUGGAAGACCAGGGAGGAAGGGCUAUAUUGGGGAACCUGGACCAGAAGGCUUGAAGGGAGAGCCAGGUGACCCAGGAAAUCCUGGAAAAAUCGGGCUGCAAGGGCCUGUUGGUUUAAUCGGAUCUCCUGGUCUAAUUGGAGUGCCUGGUGAAAAGGGAGACCGUGGUCCCACAGGUCCUUUGGGCCCACCCGGAGAAAAAGGAUCCAUGGGAUACCCAGGUCCUCCAGGAGGUUCAGGGGGGGUUGGUCCACAAGGGUUACCUGGACCAGCCGGACCCAGAGGGACACCAGGGACACCGGGAGUCAAAGGGAGAAGAGGGCCACGAGGUGCAGAUGGUCUGGCUGGGGAGCCUGGGCCACAAGGUAUUAAGGGUGAAAGAGGUGAUCCCGGCAGGAAAGGCGUACAGGGAGUCAUUGGAAAAGCUGGGAAUCCCGGAGAGAGAGGCCUUCCAGGAAUACCAGGUACACCCGGGUAUCCUGGAAGCACAGGGGAGAAAGGAGCCCAUGGAGAGUCAGGCCCCAGGGGACCGCAAGGGGAGCCCGGUCUGGCAGGGGAGAUCGGCCUUCAGGGACACCCUGGACCAGAGGGAGAACCCGGCCAUCAAGGGGAGCCUGGUGAAAAGGGAGACUUUGGACCUACUGGAAGUGAGGGUGAGCAGGGACAACAAGGAAUGAGGGGACAACCAGGUCUGGCAGGUGAAGAUGGUAUACAAGGAAAAGAUGGAUUGAAGGGGGAGAUCGGUGACCCAGGACCUUUCGGUGAGACCGGUGACACAGGUGAUGCUGGAGACCCCGGGGUCAUUGGUCCUCCUGGUGACGUGGGAAGAAACGGAGUACAAGGACUCGAAGGAAAACCAGGACUUCCAGGACAGCACGGUCGCCCAGGAAAGAAGGGUGAGAGAGGCCCCACUGGAUAUAUUGGAGAAGUUGGGUCUAUAGGGGAUCCAGGACCACGAGGAGAAACAGGACUGAAAGGUGCAAGAGGAACUCGAGGACCCGUGGGGCAUUUGGGAUUGAUGGGUCCGGCAGGAGAGCCGGGAAUUCCGGGAUACAGUGGUCAUCUAGGCAAACCAGGUCCAGCUGGUCCACCUGGUCCUAAAGGUGUGAAGGGUUUUCCAGGAGAAGACAGCACUGUACCAGGACCACCCGGGCCCUUAGGUGAACCAGGUUCUGCUGGUGAGCGUGGGGAGCGGGGAGAGCCUGGAGAUGAAGGCUACAAGGGUCAUGAUGGUAUUCCUGGGCCUAGAGGAGCCAUUGGACAGCAAGGAUCACCAGGGCACCCAGGGGAGCGUGGCGAGCAGGGGCCCAAAGCAGAACGAGGGCCACCGGGACUGACUGGAAAGAAAGGAGCACGUGGGCCAACAGGCAAACCUGGCUCAGCAGGAAUAUCAGGCCCGUCUGGUCCAAAAGGAAUGGCAGGGUAUUCAGGAUUUGAAGGUCCUCCUGGAAACCCUGGAAAACCUGGGCUAGAUGGAAAAGUUGGACUUCCAGGUGAGCGAGGAGCCCUUGGGCUGGUGGGGCUGGCUGGAUAUCCUGGUCCCCAGGGCAAGGCGGGGCUGCCUGGGACCCCUGGAGGCAGGGGGCCAAAUGGACCCAAGGGUGAGCAAGGCCUACCAGGUGAGCCGGGCCCUGCCGGAGACAAGGGGCUAUCGGGCUCCCAAGGAGACCAGGGGAGAACUGGAGAGCCCAGCACGAAAGGACAACCAGGUGAGCCAGGGGAUCAAGGUCCUUUUGGCUUUCAAGGAUUUCCAGGCCCAAAGGGCCCAGUUGGGGACUUUGGCCUGACUGGCAUUCCCGGUCCUAAAGGUCCUGUUGGCAUUCUUGGAUAUACUGGACCUGUGGGUCCCACUGGCAUAGUAGGCCCGGUCGGAAAACCUGGGCCUAAAGGAGAAAGAGGAAGCCGAGGGGAAAUGGGUCCUCAAGGGCCAAAUGGACACCCAGGGCCACCUGGUCCACCUGGGCCUCCAGGACCAAUGAAACAAAUGGAUAUUAACUCAGCCAUUCACGCCUUGAUUAAAUCCAACACAGCUUUGCAACUGGAGAGUUACAUGAACAAUGAUAUGCCUUCGCUAGAUAAAAGUGCAGAGAUCUUCCAAACUCUACACUACCUAAGCAAUCUAAUGCAGAGUAUAAAGAACCCUCUAGGCACUCAAGAUAACCCAGCACGGAUCUGCAGGGACUUGCUGAACUGUGAACACACACUGUCAGAUGGAAAAUACUGGAUAGAUCCCAAUCUGGGAUGCCCAUCUGAUGCUAUUGAGGUUUUCUGUAAUUUUACUGCUGGUGGUCAGACGUGCCUAAACCCCGUGUCAGCAUCCAAGGUGGAGUUUGGAAUUGGAAAAGUACAGAUGAACUUUCUUCAUUUGCUGAACACAGAAGCCACACAUACCAUAACAAUCCACUGUCUGAACACUCCUGUCUGGAAUACCACAGAUGCAGAUCGACAGAGGAAUUCUGUUUGCUUCAGGGGCUGGAAUGGACAGAUGUUUGAGGCAAACACAUUACUUGAACCACGUGUGCUACUAGAUGAAUGCAAGAUUGAGGAUGGCAGUUGGCGUCAGUCACGGUUUUUAUUCCACACUCAGGACAGUAAUCAGCUUCCCAUUACAGAAAUUCAACGACUGCCUCGUCUCAAGAGUGGGCAGCAGUACAGAGUGGAGGUGGGUCCUGUCUGCUUUCUCUGAAGAACCUCAGAGUGCACAGACCCUACCUGCCUCUCGUUAGGAAGUCGCUUUGAACAACACGUCAUUGUCAACGUCCUCACUGUGAGAGACCAUGAAGAGAUACAUGACCAAUGCAUGACGUGGACCCUUUCAGGAAGGACCCUUUCUAUGGAGAUAAAAAAAAAACUUUACUAAGGAAGCACAGGACUACGGUUUAUAUAUAUAUGUAAAAAACACAUACAGUUGUACUCCAAAGUUUACAUACCCCAAUGGAAGUUUCUCAAAUAAAGAAUGUUAGGAAAAAUCUUUUGUAGCAAAAGUUUUGCUGUUGUGGAUGAGGAACAAAAGUUAAGAAACAGAUGCCUACAAUUAUUUAUUUCAGUAAUUUUUUUUGCAAAACUCCAAUGCAAAUUCAAAACUAUUCAUACCCUUUUAUGCUAUAAUAGUAUUGUCUACAAGGUGCUAGAAAUUUCAAUAUGAUAAUGCAAAACCUAAUUCUAGAAAAAUGGAUUGUAGAUGAACAUUCUUCGAGAGUUUAAAAGGGUUAGCCAUAGGAUGAUUGCUGUCAUUACCAAUAAGUCAAUAAGGGAAAAAGUAAAAUGCUAUCUGAAGACUUUAGACAGAAAAUGAUUUAUUGUCCUAAAGUUUGAGAAGGAUACAAGAAGAUUUCCAAGCAUUUGUGUUUCCCAAUUACAGCUAUUGUUUCUAUUAUCAAGAAGUAGAAGACUAGUGAUACUGUCAUAAUGCUCCCUUUGUCUGGUAGAAGGAAGGUUCUCUCACCAAGAACAAGUAGAAUAAUUGUGAGGAAAGUUAAUAACAAUCCGAGAUUGACUGCCAAAGAUAUUCAGGCGUUGUGAAAGGAUGGCUGUAGGGAUGACGCCAUACCUAAAACAGAAAUCACAACAAGCAAUGGCUGUGUAAACUGAGACACUACGACGCUCAGUGUUUUAUUAAAUAAUUAAAUAAUCAGUUUAAACAAAACAAUAGACUUUGUAAAAUAAACAGCACAUUGGCCAAAAGAGACAAACAAUAAUGAAUCAAGUAUCAUGCAAGUUGUUCCAGCAUGAGUAGCAAUUGUUAUUUUUAGUUAUUUCUUUUUACCUGUCUCCACACCUGUUCUCCACUCACGAAAACACUCCCUGUGUGUGUAGCUACAGCUGCAGGUCUUUAUAGUGGUGCCCGAGGAAUGACUAAAUAACAAUUAUCUCAUCAACCCCUCUGUCACAUUUUACAUGGGUUUACUAAAGAUGUGUAACUGUCAGCCAAUUCAAUAAUUUCUAGCCGACAGUCACGCAUUCUCACAAGGUAUUUUAAGCAAUAACAAAUAAAUAGAUGGCGGACCGCACCUCGCUCGCUAUGGUUAAGGAAGAAUAAAAUCAAGGUUCUGGAAUGGCCUAGUCAAAGUCCCGAUCUAAAUCCGAUUGAGAAUCUUUGGUAUGAGCUGAAGGCAGCUGUGCACAACAGAAGUCCUUGGAAUUUGAAUGAACUGGAACAAUUUUGCAUUGAAGAAUGGUCAAAAAUCACCAAAAGCCAAAAGCU